GGGUGAGGGGGCGGGGCCAGGACGAGGUUGCGCAGCGCCCCCUCCUCCGCCGACUUUCACUUUCGUUUCUCGCCUGGCUGGGUCCGAGCCCGGGUCCGCGGCGGGGGGGCCGGCAGGUGGGGCGGGGGAUGGCGGAGGCGGUGCGGGCGCUGGAGGUGCUGGGGGUCCCCCUGGACAUGGAGGAGGAGCUGCUGGUGCUGUACUUCGAGAACAGGCGUCGCUCGGGGGGCGGCCCCGUGCUGGACUGCAGGCGCCAGGGCAGCCGCGCCAUCCUGACCUUCGAGAGCCCCGAGGAUGCACAGAGGGUCCUUGCCAAGCCCAGCCACACCCUGCAGGACACUAGGCUGGCAGUUCGCCCAGCUGCCCCACAGGAUUAUGGGAAGGUUCUUCUUCGGGGCCUGAACCCCCAAACGGAGGGCAGUGUCUUGGAGCUCUACGUGGAGUGUGUGCUGAACUGCCAGAGUGGGCGCUAUACCAUCCACCGCAGCCCAGCUGGGGACCAAGCCCUGGUGCAGCUGCCAGAGCCGCUCAGUGACUCAGAGCUCCUGGCUGUGGAGGAACGCGUGCGCCGGCGGCUGCUGGACGGGACACCGCUGGCUGUGGGGUGGGUGCAGCAGACAGACAGUGUGCUGGUGUGGAGUCGGGGAACCAGGCUGAGCGGGGACCUGCUGGAGCUCUACUUUGAGAACAAGCGGAGCGGCGGGGGCAGCGUGCAGGCCGUGAGGGUGCUGGCAGGGGGCAGGGCGGCUGUUGUCUCCUUCCAAGACCGGGCAGCUGUGCAGCGGGUGCUGGAGAAGCCCCACAGGCUCCAGGAGAGCGACCUGGACCUCUGCCCAUACUACGACUUCCUGGAGCCCCUCGACCGCCCCCCGGAGGAGGGAGCCGAGGCCCCUCCAGGGGAGGCAGCGGCAGAGAAUGGUGGGCCCCCGGCGAUCUGCGUGAGCAUUGAGGACGCCGCGAAGCGGCAGCUGCUGGAAUCCAGCGGGGCCCUGCCGGAGCUGCAGGCUGUCUUCCCGGAGCUGAUGCUGCGGCUGGAGGAGAGCGGGGCCUGGAUCUCGGGCGGGGAUGAAGCCCGGCGGCAGCAGCUGCAGGAGCAGCUCCUGGAUGCCCUGCAGGGGAUGGGCCAGGAGCUCCUGCCGCUCCCAGCCCAGACCCUCUGCUUCUUGCAGCGCGGCGACGUGCGGGAGGAGGUGGAGCGGCUGCUGGGCAGCCAGGCCUGCUACGCACCCAGUGGGAGCGCGCUGAGCGUCACGGCGCUGAGCCCUGCAGCUGCCCGCCAGGCCACCUCCUCGCUGAGUGCGGCCCUGAGCCCUUUCUGCCUGCCGGUGUCGGCGCAGCACCUGCAUGCCCUGGGCUCGCCCCGCUGGGAGCAGCUCCAGGCCUCGCUGCACUGCUGCUCCCUGCGCCUGGCCCCGGGCGGCGAGCACCUGCAGGCCCUGACGCUGCGCGGCCUGGAGCAGGAGAACAGGGAGAAGCUGCAGGGCUUCCUGCAGGACACCGCCCUGGACGAGAGCCUGGUGUCCAUGGAGCCGGGGAUGCUGCGCUACCUGCAGCUCUGCUACCAGGAGCUGCUGGCCAGCAUCGCCGAGGUCACGCUCCUGCCGCUGGAGGGCACCGACGUCACCGGCUUCAGGCUGAGCGGGGAGGCGGGUGCGUGCCGGGCAGCGGCAGAGUUCCUGCAGAGCCUGCUGGGCACCAUCAGCUCACAGCCGGUGACCCUGCGGCACCCUGGCAUCGCUCGCUUCCUGCUGGACAAGCGAGGCCAGAGCAUCCUCCGGGAUCUGGAGAGACGCUUCCAGUGCGUGAUUGGGCUGGAGCAGGUCCACUGGAGCCCCCCGUAUACACAGCAGGACCUGGAGCUGCCCAAGGAGCCCAUUCCUCUGAGCUGCCGCCGAGACUCCCUGCCCACUACCCAGCUGCCCACACAGCUGGAGCCGCCAGACGGCGCCACCACUGACUGGUGCACCACCAACAUAGAGGAGAUUAAAGGCCUGCUGGCCGCCCUGGAGCCCGGAGAAGUGGCAGGGGCUCCUCAGCUGGCUGCCCCUGCUGCUGGGGAGGCCCCGGGCUCAGCAGUGAGCCACCCCAAGGAGGUGGCGGAGGAGGAUCUGUACACCAUGGGGGAACUGGGCACUGCUGAGGGGCAGGAGGAGGCGAUGCCUGCGGGGAAUGGCGGGGAGCGGAGGGGCCUGGCAGACGGCAAUGAGGAGGAGGAGCAGCUGCACUGCACCACCAAGGCCGCCUUCCAGCCGGAGUGCAGCGUGGAGGAGGAGGCGCAGCUGCUGCUGGCCAUCCAGCAGUCCAUGGACAGCCAGCACUGGGAGGAGGAGGAGCUGCAGCGCGCCACGGAGCUGUCCCUGCGCUCCUACGAGCAGGAGCAGCACCAGGCCUCGGCGGAGCCCGCACCUGACCACAGCCUGCAGGCCGCCCUGCAGGAGUCCCUGGAGGAGGCGCUGUGCGUGGCCGGCUCCGCUCAGCUCAUCAUCUACUCGGCCUACGAGCAGGACGUGAGCGCGCUGCCGGGGCAGCUGGAGCAGGCGCUGCGGGCGCAGCAGCGCCAGGAGAAGGUGGUGAGCGAGGGCCUGCGGGCCCUGCCCUCGCGCUGCCGCGGGUACCUGGCCCAGCUGCAGCGCCAGCACGCCGUGCGCAUCUCCCUGCAGGACACCACAGCCACUGUGCACGGCUUUGCCGACUACACGGCCUGCGCCGCCCGCGACCUUGCCCGGCUCCUCCCCCGCCUGCUGCAGGCCCAGCGCCCGCUGGGGGAGCCAGCCGCGCGCUGGGUGCGCUGGGAGCCCCCCGGCACCGCCACCGCCAUCCCCUACUCCUCAGAGGCCAGCGCCCUGCUGGAGCAGGCCUGGCGCCAGCGGCAGAAGCAGCUGGACGUGCUCUUUGACGACAGGCCCUUCACCAUAGACUUCGAGCGCAUGGAGGAGUACGACGCCAGCAGUGCCCGCACCCUGGCCAUCUCGCGCACCGAGCCCCCAGCCCCGCAGAACGGCCGCCCCACAGCCACGGAAGAGAAGGGCCCCGCUCUGGACCUGGACGAGGCGGUGAAGCUGGUGCCGCUGGGCCAGGGCUCAGAGGAGUUCCGCGACACCGUGCGUCGGUUCUACGACACGCUGGAGGACUUCCACAACAAGAUUCGCAUUGUGAAGGUGGAGAAGCUGAUCCACCCGCUGCUGUACAAGCAGUACCAGCUGAAGAAAGCCUGCAUGGAGAAGGUGUGCGGCCACGAGGCCGUGGAGCGCCUCCUCUUCCAUGGCACCACGGAGGAAGCCAGCCGGGAGAUCUGCCAGCAUGGCUUCAACCGCAGCUUCUGCGGCAAGAACGCCACGCUCUACGGGCACGGGGUGUACUUUGCGGUGAAUGCCGUGUUGUCGGUGCAGGAGCAGUACUCUCCAUGCAGUGCCGACGGCAACAAAUACAUCUUCGUGGCUAAGACCCUGACUGGGGACUACACGGCAGGCAGCCGGGACAUGCGGGCGCCACCCCUCAAAGAGGCAGCCGAGGCCCCGCUGCGCUAUGACAGUGUGGUCGACAACCCCAAGAAGCCAGCCAUCUUCGUCAUCUUCAACGACACGCAGGCCUAUCCGCAGUACCUCAUCACCUGCCAGCUGUCCAAGCCUCCGGCGCCCCGCUGAGCCGCUGGGUGCAGGCCGGGCUGGGUCCCAGCCCUCUGCAGGGGUUACCCUGCUCCAGCUCGCACUCUGCCUUCAUGACCGUCUCUGCUGCUCUAUGCCUGCGGCUCCCCUGCCCUGGGCCUUCUCUGCACCAGCCUAGCUGGGAGUGGAGAAGGGGCCUGGCCCUGGGCUCAUCAGCUGAGCUGUGCCCUGGGGAGAGGCCAGGGAUCAGCCCCUGCCCAGUGAGCAACUCUGGAGCCGCAUGGCCCUGGCAGUCCAACAGGGAACUGGGCUGCUCUGGGUCCCCAGGCUCCGUUGCAGGGCGGGGCCCCCUCAAACUGGAGCUAAGGGGGCCCCCCCUUCCCAGCCUCUUGGACAUUGUAUAGUCCCUCUGUCCAUUGCCCGCAUAUGGCGCCCAAGGGCUGGUGCCACGGCUCUGUCGGGGGGGUGGGACCAGGAGCCAGAAUCUCACAAGUCAUGGAGAGCACUGGAAACCAGACAUGGAAUAAAGACAGCAACCUGAGCCUCUCCCUCUGUGUCCCUGGGCUCCAGGCGGCUGGGGGGUCCCUCCUUGGAGCAACUGUAAGGCCAGCUCUGUGUGGCUCCACUGCUUGGGGAUAAGCGCCUACUGCUACCAGUGCCUGGAGUCACACUGGGGGUGGGGCUGUGCGGGGGCAGUCCCAUGGCUGACCACCCAUAACUGAUCUGGAAAAAGGGGUAAAUAGGUGCCAAAAUUUGCAGAUGACAAAAAAUUACUCACAAUAGUUAAAUCCAAAGCGGACUGAAGAGUUACAAGGGAAUCUCACAAAACUGGGUGACUGGGCAACCAAAUGGCAGAUGAAAUUCAGUGUUGAUAAAUGCAAAGUAAUGCACAUUGGAAACAUCAUCCCAACUCUGCAAGUACAAUGAUGGGUCUAAAUAGCUGUUACCCCUCAGGAAAGAGAUCGUGGAGUCAUUGUGGCUAGUUCUCUGAAAACAU